CCCGGAAUGCUGGCAUGUGAAAUCACACACUGGGGUGGCAUUAUACCGCCUUUGCUUGGUUCUGUGUGAAUUAACAAAGCCAACAUAACGGCAGACCUUCAUUGAAGCACUAUUGUGAAAUCUCUGUGUGAAAGGGGACUGAUUAUUACUGUGAGCAGUGAGGGGUAGUGUCCCUCAGUCUGCAGUAUGGGAGGCAUGCUGAGGGCUGCUCCGUCCCUGAAAAACAGAAUAACACAUGUUGGCUCAGCUUAGAGGACACUUUUUAAAAUGCCAUGGGAUUAAAAUACAAACCGAACACCUGCAGCCAGGAAACAUUUUGACCUCAGCAGUAUUUGAAGGUGGGUCAGCGCCUCUGGCAGCAUCGGUGGACUACAGUCCCCACAUUCCUCAGAUAGGAUGUUUCUGUGGGCAGGAAGUAAAGCAACCGAUGGAAAAAGUGACCGCAGUUCCAUCUACCAGAAGUCCCGGGAAUAUGAUGUCCUGGACAAGAGGAAAACCAUGACAGCUCUCAGGGCAGGAGAGGACAGAGCCAUACUGCUGGGCCUCAGCAUGGUCGUCUUCUCUGUCAUGAUGUACUUUGUCCUGGGAAUCACCAUACUGCGCUCUUACUCGGACAGCGUGUGGACUAAUGAGGCUAGCUGCACUAUCGUGAACUCCACCAUCGUGGGCGAUGUCAACUGUUCAUACAGCUGUGGAGCAGAGUGCAGGAAGAGUUCCCGUUACCCCUGUCUUCAGGUCUACGUGAGCCUCAACUCCACAGGAAAGGUGCUACGACUGUUGCACAACGAGGAGACACAGGAUAGCAACCCUGAGUGCUUCUACUUCCCAAAGUGCCGUAAGGACUAUGCAGCCAUGCAUGUGAUCAUUCAGAACAUUUCUGAGCGUCUAAGGUCACAACACACAGUUCAGUGUUUCGUGGACCCUACAGACAGAAUUGACAGUGCCAUCCUGACACAGAUCUACGGUCGGGUCGCCGUCUUCCACUCCCUGUUCUGGCCAACCUGCACCUUGAUUGUAGGAACCAUUAUUAUUGCCAUGGUGAAGCUGACCCAGUAUCUGUCCAUCGUGUGCGAGCGACAAAGCCGCAUUAAGAAGUGAAGGAAGUUCAAAAGGAAGUUCCUUUCAUAUGGACAUGGGAACAACUGAACCAGCUUUAUGGGGACAAGACAGAAAGACAAGAGGAAAAAGCUGUUUCACGCCCAGAAGUGGUCUGUCUGUGAUAGCUGGAAUGUUGGGAUUCAAAGAUAUGCAUCAGUGACAGUCUAAAAGCAGCUACAAUGAGAAGCAAAUACUUUUGAGACAAUGUGUAGCAAGAGUAUUUCCUACAAAUGAUGAAUGCAUUUCUUCUACAUUUAGUUAAAAG